AUGCUGUAAGUAGCACUAUCUCACGUCCUUUAGUACUGAGAAGCCAGAUAGGCCUACACAAUUACUCAGCGAUAAAGAGUCCUGCUAGGUGGUUUCACUUCUAUACUGCUGUUAUAUUUCCGUGUUGUGACAGGGUUGUGUGGUCUCAUAUUUAGCCUCUGGUCAUUUUACAAAUAAAUACGUUUUCAUUUAAUUUCCCUUUCCUCAUUGCUAGUAGUAAACAGUCUGUGGUGUGAAAGCAGUACGGUGUGAUGUUAAAGUGGUGCUGAAUUCUGUCCUCAGGGAUGACCAUGGCUUCAGUCCUCUCCACUGGGCCUGCAGGGAAGGCCGCUCCAGCGUGGUGGACAUGCUCAUCAUGAGAGGGGCUCGCAUCAACGUGAUGAACCGAGGAGAUGACACGCCCCUGCACCUGGCCUCCAGCCACGGCCACAGAGACAUCGUGGGCAAGGUGGGGCGGAGUGGACACACACUGCACACACACUACUUACACAAACACUUGAGGUCAAUUAUAUAAUUGGGUUGAUAUAGCUUCUCUUUAGGUUGAUAUAGCUUUCCCUAUAAAAGCCUAGGAAGGAACUUAUGAAACCAGAGUUGAUGGCUGCCCAACACCCCAACUCACUGCAUGGUUAAGACUUGUCUGCUCUUGUUGCAGUGCUGACUGACAUCAGUCGCUGUGCUGACUGACAUCAGUCGCUGUGCUGACUGACAUCAGUCGCUGUGCUGACUGACAUCAGUCGCUGUGCUGACUGACAUCAGUAAUUUCACAGAGGGAGAAAACACUGGCACCAUUUCUCAGAUAGUGUUGGGUGGAUAUUGUUUUUAAACUGUACUCAGCUGCAACAUAACAUCUUCAACUCAUGCCUAAGCAAGUCAAAGUGUAACACUUUGAUACACACACACACACUGUGAUUUGUCAGUUAUUUUAUUUUAAAUAAUGUUUUCUUUCUUUCUGGUCCUUCUAGUUACUGCCUAACUCUCAAAUCGUAUGCCGUUCAAUGCAGUAGUGUUAGUCUGCUGUGACCGGUUGUCUGGUUUUGUAGCGCUGCAGACCACGGUUAUGAUUUGGUUUAAUAUUAGACAUGUCACAAUACCUCUGGAAUGUGUGAGCAGGCAAGAUAAAUCAUUUUCCAGGCCUGCCAUAGGUGGAUUACUAGCAUCACUGUAUAUAAUCCAAACAGGAUCUGGACAGCCUUGUGUUGUGUGUGUAACCUAAUUUUGUGGUUCUGUCUCCUAGCUGAUCCAGUGCAAAGCAGACACCAACACUGCCAAUGAGCACGGCAACACACCACUGCAUUACGCCUGCUUCUGGGGACAGGACCUAGUGGCUGAGGUCAGUAUGCCCCCUGGUGGCGUACUCUGGGUACUGUCUCUGUUUCUAUGUGAACAACAGUUUAUGUGCCACUGGAGUUAAAUUGAUGUCUGUAUUCCUCAGGACCUGGUGACUAACGGCGCUCUGGUGAACAUCUGUAAUAAGUAUGGAGAAACUCCUCUGGACAAAGCCAAACCUCACUUGCGUGAAGCCCUCCAAGGUAUUCAAAAUCCUAUUACUCUGCACCAUCUAUUGUUGGCAAGAAAAUUGUGAUUAUUAUCUGUGUUAGCCCUGUUACCUAAUCAAUGCGUGCUUUGUGUUCGCCCCCCCCCCCCCCCCCUCUCAGAGAAAGCAGAGAAGUUGGGCCAGAGUUUGACCAAGGUCCCCUUCAAGGACACAUUCUGGAAAGGCACCACCAGAACUCGACCCCGUAAGUCCCACAGCAAUAAAGCCAUUUACGAGCUGCCUGGUUUUCAUUACUACGCUCUGAGAAAACAAGACGUGAAUAUCAGGCACAGUUCAUAGGAAUGAAUGAACAGCUAGUAAAUGUUCGUCUGAGGUCUCUUUGGUAGUCCCCAAUGUGCUUGAUGAAAUUUCCCCUGUCUUUCAGUGUGCUAAAUUGUGCAGAAAUAAAAGGGCUUUUUGCCAGACCUAGGGCUUUAGCGUUGCUCUUCAACUCUGUCCGUCAAUGCGUGCAGGUAACGGCACUUUGAACAAAGCAGCGGGCAUUGACUUCAAACAGCUCUCCCUCCUGGCUAAGAUCAAUGAGAACCAGUCUGGAGAGGUAUGGAGGUGUUUCUACAUGACUGCUGUUAUUUUUUAUCUGUUACUGAUGUCCACAAUAACACAUGUUACAAAGUGAUCAAUCUCUAAAACGCUGACACACACCAGCAUGGAGUUCUACUGUAUAUUGUCAUUGUGGAGGUUAUGCUGGAACUUUGUCUCAAUCCUACUUUUUUCUUUAGUUGUGGCAAGGCCGCUGGCAAGGGAAUGAGGUUGUGGUGAAAGUGUUGAAGGUUCGCGACUGGUCCACCAGAAAGAGCAGAGACUUCAAUGAGGAGUAUCCCAAACUCAGGUAAUAACUUUUUACCCGCUUAUUGUUCAUUGUAGGUGUAUUUUCUCCUGUUCUGUGGAUAUCAUGUCUGUCUUCCUCUUGUAUCUUUUUAUUUAUUAUUAUUUACUGACAUGUUGAUCUGUAUGGAAGUUAUUUUGGUUUGGAUAUGUCCCAUCCUAUAUGUAUAUUUGUCUGUCUCCUCCCCCCUGUCCCUCUUCCUCUGGGCCCAUCCCAGGAUAUUCUCCCACCCCAAUGUGCUGCCCAUGUUGGGAGCGUGUCAGUCUCCUCCCGCCCCUCACCCCAUCAUCAUCACACACUGGAUGCCCUAUGGCUCCCUCUACAACGUGCUUCACGAGGGCACCAGUGAGUACCACACUAACCUGCACUGUACUAAAGCCUUCCAAUGUGGGACAGUACAUUGAGAUAAGGUCAUUGAUUCAUAGAAUAUGCCUGGACGUCUGUUUGAAGUGCAGGCUUACGAAUUGGAAAAUAUAUAGUUAUUAAUGUUACUGUACUACUUACUGGAGAAGGAAUACAAUGUUACAGCUGUUGCUGACGUGUGAAAAAUGACUGACAUGGAUCUGUUGUCUUUGUCGUCUGUCAGACUUUGUGGUUGACCAGACACAGGCAGUGAAGUUUGCUUUGGACAUUGCCUGUGGGAUGGCCUUCCUGCACACGCUGGAGCCCAUGAUCUCUCGGCACUCUCUCAACAGCAAGAGCGUCAUGGUGAGAGAUGGACACAAAUGAACAGUACAAAUUCACUACAGUGAUAUACUGUAGUUGUCAGGUGUUUCAAUCAUGCUUCUUAUGCCUUGGUGGAUGACUUCCUUUGGGUUUGAAACUCACUGUUAUAAUGACCUGAUAUUCCUUGACAGAUCGAUGAGGACAUGACUGCCAGGAUCAGCAUGUCAGAUGUCAAGUUCUCCUUCCAGUGUCCAGGCAGGAUGUACUCCCCAGCAUGGGUAGCCCCUGAAGGUCCAUUACACACUCAUCAACUUUUUCUCUGCUUACCGCUUUUCACCUUUGAGAAUGUAAAUGUUUGCUUUAUGUAACUAUAAGGUAUACAACUCUUACAACUAUGAACAUGUGUGUGAUCCUCUCUCUCUGUCUCUCUCUGUCUCUCUCUGUCUCUGUCUCUCUCUCUCUGUCUCUCUCUAUCCUGUGCUCAUGCAGCCCUGCAGAAGAAGCCUGAGGAGAUCAACCGGCGGUCAGCAGACAUGUGGAGUUUCGCUGUGCUGCUGUGGGAGCUGGUGACCAGGGAGGUGCCCUUCGCUGACCUCUCCAACAUGGAGAUCGGCAUGAAGGUGAGACCACUGGAGCUCAGGGUGCUAGAAGUUAUAGUCUUGUCCUUCCCAGUGCAUCUCUGACAUUGUUCUCUCUUUAUCUCUAUUCUGCCCUCAGGUGGCCCUGGAAGGCCUACGACCCACAAUCCCUCCGGGCAUCUCACCCCACAUCUGCAAGCUCAUGAAGAUCUGCAUGAACGAAGAUCCAGCCAAGAGGCCUAAAUUUGACAUGAUCGUGCCCAUCCUAGAGAAAAUGCAGGACAAGUGA